AUGUUUUAUGACCCCUGGCACGCUGAGUCAGCACACGGACACCCGGGGGCCAGGGUCACCGCGGGCUCAAGGUCACCACGGGCUCAGGGUCACCGAGGGCUCAGGGUCAGCACACGGACACCCGGGGGCCAGGGUCACCGCGGGCUCAGGGUCAGCACACGGACACCCGGGGGUCAGGGUCACCACGGGCUCAGGGUCACCGCGGGCUCAGGGUCAGCACACGGACACCCGAGGGUCAGGGUCAGCACACGGACACCCGGGGGUCAGGGUCACCACGGGCUCAGGGUCACCGCGGGCUCAGGGUCACCACGGGCUCAGGGUCACCGCGGGCUCAGGGUCAGCACACGGACACCCGGGGGUCAGGGUCACCACGGGCUCAGGGUCACCACGGGCUCAGGGUCACCGAGGGCUCAGGGUCAGCACACGGACACCCGGGGGUCAGGGUCACCGCGGGCUCAGGGUCAGCACAGACACGCAGGGCCGAAGAGCUUCUCUCUGGUGACGGCGGCCUCGCCCCCAACAACCACCAAUCAGGAACCUGGGCUGGGCCCGCUGACGGAAGCCGUGCGUCACUUCGUGCCCGGAGCGGAGCGGACGCUGAGCGCCAUGAGCUGGGCCCGGCUGGCGUCUUUCACAGUAGCACUAAGAUGGACCAGAGGAAGACCUGGUCCUUGCAAAGUGGAAUACAGCACAAAGUCUGGGAACCCUGGGAGACCUAUCAGCCGAUACCCCGUUCCUUAUAAAAAGGACCUGCCAUAUGACAUUGUUGAGCUGAUGGAGGAGGUGGAGACCAAGGGUGGAUUUUUGCCAAACAUAUUUAAAGCACUGUCGUAUCGGCCUGUGGAAUUCAGAGCAUUCUUUGCGUACUACAAUGCUCUAAUGAACAAAUCAACAGGAAAUCUCAGCAAAGCAGACAAGGAAUUGAUUAUUGUGGCCACGAGUGUGAUUAAUCACUGUCCCUACUGUGUCAUAUCGCACAGUGCCAUACACCGAUUGUAUUCAAAAAACCCCAUUCUGGCAGAUCAGGUGAUUGUGAACAGGGAGCUGGCAGAUUUGGAUGAUCGCCAGCGGGUUAUGCUGGAUUUUGCCCUUGCUGUGAGCAAAGCAGAAAACAUCAGCGAAGACCAUCUGAAGAACCUGGAGAAGCAUGGCUUCGACCGGGAUGAUGCCUGGGAUAUUGGCACAAUCACAGCAUUCUUUGCAAUGUCCAACCGUCUGGCGCAUGUCAUUGGUCUGCGUCCAAAUGAAGAGUUUUAUGCAUUGGGACGAUUGCCCAAGGAGAAAGAGAAAAAGGAGGGUUAAGCAAACCCGAUGACCACUUUUGGUUUCUCAGUUCAGUCCAAUGCUUAAUUUGAAAAUAGAAAACCAUAUUUACGUUUGAAGUGAAGGCUCUGGAAUUAUCAUCUUCUCAUUGUUCAAAAUACAAAUUUAAAACUACAAGCAAACACGAGGAUAGAAACAUAGAAAAAUAGGUGCAGUAGGCCAUUCGGCCCUUCGAGCCAGCAGCACCAUUCAAUAUGAUCAUGGCUGAUCAUCUAAAAUCAGUACCCCGUUCUGGCUUUUUCCCCAUAUCCCUUGAGGAUGAAUGCCGUGCUAAGAUGCAUUGAUCCUGGAUACCGAAUGCAGUCUGUAAAAGUGGGACAUAACCAGUGUGAUUGAGCAUUUAUUGAGAAAGCUGUACCAAAGGGGUGGCAGUGGCUUUUGGAUUGCACUUUGUUCUGUAUCAUUCAAUGUACACAUGUGGUAUGUAAACUUCACCACAUCUGGAUACUGCCAGCAGUUCUAAACUAAUUAUAGGUAUAACACAAUAAUUCUGCUGUGAGGUGAAUCCAGCCUAUACAGGAGUGUACUGUCUUUACAUUGUGUGAGCGUGAGUGGAUUAAUGUUAAACCUUAGUUUAUAUUUAAAAUGGAAGAUUUGAGGUUAUUUAGAAAUUAAUUGUGAUUACAGCAAUUUUGAAAUUAUUGUUGUUCAGAGGAAUUCUAUUUAAAUUAUGUUUUAGUGCAAAAAUUGAGUUUCACUGUGCCUUAAUUGGUACAUGUGACAAUAAACUGAUCUUGAAACCUUGAAAUUUAAAUCCGACAUGCACAAGGCAGCUAAAAAGAUACAGGUUAUUUUGAUGGGAAACCCUUUCCUUUAAUGGGACUGAAAAUGAGAACUUAUAGUUCAGUUGUGCCACAUGCUUUGUAAAUAGUACGAUAAAGAUGGCAUGAAUAUGGAGUUGUAAAUAUAAGGAAGGGCUUGAGAAACAUUUGAUAUAAAUAAUGACAGGUUCCUGGUGUAUUAACGAUUCUCAAUCAGUUCAGGGACAUGCAGGUUUAAAGAAGGGGCCCAACCUGAAACGUUACCUGUCCAUAUUCUCCAGAGAUGCUAUCUAAUCUGCUGAGUUACUGUAGCACUUUGUGUUUUUUUUUGGUAAACCAGCAUCUGCAGCUCCUUGUUUUUGUAAGGACAUUCCCCGCAUUUUUCUGGACAAUACACUUCUUAACGUGCCUAUUAGGAGAGAGAAAUAAAAUAACAGAUUGAGGUAAAACAAAUAACAAAUUGAAGUAAAAAUAACAAAUUAAGGAAGAACAAGAUUUGUAAAAGGGAUUGAGGUGAUGAGUUUACACUGAAACCUGGAGCUAGUGUAAGCUGAUCAAGUAGAUUCUGCCAUUGAAUUUGGGAUUAUGAUAAAGGCAUUUUAUCUUAACGAAAUUCAAAUCAUGCUACCACAAUAAAUUUCAAUCCAGUUUAAAAUUAACAUUUCAUCUUCUCCUAAUUUGAAUCCUAACAAGUGUGGAAUAAGUCAAAUAAGACCCUCGGUAAGCAAAACAAGCGUCAAGGUUCUGAUCUGUAGUUCAUUAAUGAAAUGUGAAUCAUUUCAUCAUUUUACUUCGACCUUCAAGUCUACUCUGCCAUUCGAUCAUGGCUGAUCUAUCUUUUCCUCUCAACCCCAUUAUCUUGCUUACGCCUGACACCCGUACCAAUCAAGAACCUAUAAAUCUCUGCUUUAAAAAUACCCAGUGACUUGGCCACGAUAGCCUUCUGUGGCAAUGAAUUCCACAGCUCCAACUGACUAAAUAAAUUCCUCCUCAUCUCCUUUCUAAACGAAGGUCCUUUAAUUCUGAGGCUGUGACCUCUAGUCCUAGACUCUUCCACUAGUGGGAACCCUCUCCACAUCAACUCUAUCCAAGCCUUUCACUAUUUGGUACAUUUCAAUGAGGUCGUCCUCAUCUCCUUUCUAAAGGUGUGUCCUUUUAUUCUGAGGUGUGUCCUUUUAUUUCUAGACUCUCCCAUUUCUGAAUCAUUGAAAUUAUGAUUAAUAAUAACUCCCCAUUGUCAGUCAAUAUACAAAGAUCAGUUUGGUUAAUCCAAUCAAAGAGCAAUGAACUGGAAAGACUCAUUCAAUUGAGUAAAACAUUCAUUGGUGCUGGUGUUUUGUGUUUAUGCACAGGAUAUUAUUGGUGGUUUUGAACCAAAGCAGAUCUCAAUGUAAGAUGGAACUUUGUAUAAAAAAAAUAAAUAGUGGUGUUACAGAUGUUCACUCUU